AUGAUCAUCUAUCGCAAGUCGCUCAUGGGCCUCGCGCUGCUCUGGAAAUGCAACGGCUCAGCGCUGCCGCGUGCGCUCAUCCCAGCCAUCUUCUCUUCCGCGGUUGCCGUCUUUUUCGAGCUGUACGUCUUUUGCUACAUCACCGCGUUUGCGCUCGUCUUUCGCACCAAUACCGCUUACGCGCGGUACUGGGAGGCUCGGCUGGCCUGCGCGACGAUGGCCUCCAAGUGGGGCGACGCGGCGGCCAUGGCGCUCGUGUUUGACCACCGCGUCUCUGAAGCGGACGCGUGCGAGGCGUGCGACAC